GGCAAAUCCAUUCAGGCUCCUUCUCUCCUUAUCCGUUGACCGUUGAUCGAUAGGUGCACCGCUAUUUUCCCUUUUCAUUCCUGAAAUUCAACUACGCUCCUUGCCUGUCUGACUAGAUCCAACCACUUCUUAUUAGGUACUUUACAGCUCGCAAGCGUUCAAGAAUUCAAGCACUCAAGCACUAAAGCGAUCGAAUCAACCUGCCUAUUCACUGUUGAUUGACUUGAGCAUCGUGUGUCUAGCCUAGUAAGUUCUACCUAUUUGCAAAUCCUUGGGGGUUUUCAUAGACUUUCCUCUUCAGGAUCGUCUUAACUUUGUCUUCUUCCUCUCCUAUGUUCUCAAAUACAUCGUCUAUUAAGACCAUUUCCCUGUAUCUCUAAUAAUAUGUCACUAGCCAGUUCGUUUUCGGUAUCAUACAGUCCAUCACGAAGGUUUACUUUACACAUUUUCGUCGAUAUUCAUCCCGUUGUCUGACUUAGACGUUUACCGUCUAUUCACAAGUCCUUUCGUUGCGGUUAUAUACCAGCUAAACACAUCAGAUUCGCAUCACAAUGUCUGCCCAGGGUACCCUGUCCAACGUAGUGAGCCCUGGCACACCACCAAACCCCGGCGAUGAUGUUACCGACACUACAUCCGAGGCCUCAGGCCAGAAAUUGACAUCUUCCCCUAACAAAGUUGAUGAGAUUAUCGCCGCCUAUAUGACUACAGCCAAGACUGAGAAACCCAAUGUCCUUUCCGCCGAAAGUUCUUACGAUCAGUCUGAAGCUGCUGAGAAUACCCCUGUGUCUCCUGCAUCCGCCCAGGAACAGGAUGUCCCCGAGGAACAGUGCACUAUUCCUUCAGGAACCACUACUGAGGCGACAUCCAUAAUCUAUUUCGAUAUUGAUAGCGACCUCGAUGUACCCUUCAAAGCUGAAUCCGGUGUAAUCAUCUGUAAGGUCUCGUCAGCUCAGCUGGCCCUCGCCUCCACCGUCUGGCGAACCAUGCUUUACGGCGACAAGUCGAUGAAGAGAUCAGAGAAAGAACAUUUGGUUCUAAACAUCGACGGCGACGUAAGGGCCUUAAUUAUGCUCUUCCACAUCAUCCAUUACGAGUUCGACAGGGUACCAGUAAAACUAUCCCUAGACGAGCUCCAUUCCGUUGCAGAUGUCAUUAGUCGAUACCAGUGUGCCCAUCUAAUUUAUCCAUGGGCGAAGACUUGGAUCAAUAGCAUCCCCAUGUACGAUAACCCCGAAGAACAUUAUCGAAGCUCGCCUAAAGCUGCAUUCGUCGCUUGGGUAUUGGGUGACAUCUCCCUGUUUCUCCGAUCUGUCGAACAAGUCAUUCUCAGCUCCAAGUUGAUUGACGGCCAGCUCGUGGAUUUAGAUGGCAACUCGUUGCGCGAUCUAGGAAAUAUUAACGAAUCCCUACUUGUAUGGAUCAGUACUACGAGAUUGGAGAUACUCAGUCAGAUUCUACAUGUCCUGAACGAACCAUUCAGACAACCCUCCUCCGAUGACAAAUCUCUUAAGCCUCCCUUCUGCAAGCUAGGUUCACAACAGAAGGUGUGCGAGGCUAUGAUGUUAGGCUCUAUGAUCCCCCAGCUCAUUGCUGCUGGACUAUUCCCGGUACCCGAACCGAGCGAAUUCCAGGACAGCAUUGACACGUUGAGAUCUAAAAUCAACGACUUCAAGUACACCCCUUACGAAGGUCGCGAUUGGAUGCCUCACCUAUCACAUAUUAGUUGUAGCCUUGGGUAUGUCGAGGCAGUGCAAUUAAGCCUGGGAAAUAUGAGAGUUCCGCUCAGUCGUAACUUCAUAGAUGAAUUUGGAUCCAGAGCCCGCGUCUCCGGUAUCAUGUAGAGCUUAGGAUCUGAAUCAGGUUAUGACGGAGUGUGUUAUGGUACCGCUGCGGACCAAACCGAGAUUUUCAAAUAGAUACGACGCAGUUGGGGGGUUUUAUGACUUUAUCACCGAUUCCUAAAACCCUCGAAAAUCAUUCCAGGGAGUGAGGUGUCGAUCAUGGAUUACGCGAAGGGAUGGACACUGGAUUUGAUCAUUAUUUUCUUCUUUUCGCCGGGAAGUGUUUGUAACGUGAUCCAUCGCGUUUUCUUUCAAUAACAGUGAACUAGUCAUUGAGGUUGGUCCCACAAUAGGGGUAGUAAACAACUCAGUGUCCUGUCUCUUAGGUGUAAUAGUGAUAUUUCAUGUUCCGACUAUGAACGAACCUGUGUUGAUUACUUGUACUUACGCCUUAGUAGCACUGCUAAU